UCCGCUGCGUCAUCGCGGCGUCCAACGGCAUUUCGUUUCGGCGCCAUCUUGCUUCCCUCGACCCCGGACUUGCCAGAGUGACGGAGAGAGGGGCGACGGUUCGUACUUCGUACGCACACGCACAAGCCACAUACAGCCAGGGCACAGGCCACAGGGUCGACCAUCGUUGAUCGCGCACCGCUCGAAUUCAUUACUCCCGUGGCAAGCCAGAGGAUAAGGACGCCUCAGUCGAGGCUACCGCACCGACUUUGACAAGUAUAUACUACAUAUUGACUUGCGAGAAAGAGAACACAACAGCCGAAAUGAGUUACGGCAGGCCGCCACCUCGCAUCGACGGGAUGGUCUCCCUCAAGGUGGACAAUCUUACCUACCGCACGACCCCGGAAGACCUCAGGCGUGUGUUCGAGCGCUGCGGAGAGGUUGGCGACAUCUACAUACCUAGGGACAGAUUCACCAGGGAAAGCCGUGGAUUCGCCUUCGUGAGAUUCUAUGAUAAGCGUGAUGCAGAGGAUGCACUUGAUGCCAUGGAUGGCCGUAUGGUCGAUGGAAGGGAACUGCGUGUUCAGAUGGCACGCUAUGGCAGACCAACUUCACCCCACCGCAGUCGUGGCAGCAGACGCUACAGGAGCCGUAGUCGAGAUCGCAGACGCUCCAGGACGAGGUCACGCUCACGAUCACGCAGCAGGUCACGCAGUCGUGAUCGGGACCGCAGGCGCAGUUACAGUCGUUCACGCUCACGCUCUGACAGCAAGAGCUCACGCGGUAAAUCACGCAGCCGCAGCAAGUCCGCCGAUAGGACAAAGGACGCACGAUCCAAGUCCAGAGAUUGAAACCAAAACCAAAUUCCUUCUCUUAAUGGCAGUUCAUACUCGGUGGAUGUCUCUAUACUCACUGUACAACCACAUCAGAACCCUGAGUGUACUGACUUGAAUUAUGAAAAAAGGUAUUCUAUUUCUCUCCUGUCACACUGAUUAUCUUGUUCCAAUCUUCUAAGUUACGUUUUCUUUCCACGGCGUUACCAAAUGCGCGCUUGGUACUUUGAGCCUUAGUUUCCUCUUUCUAUUAUUAUUACUAUAGUUUUUUUUUUGUUUUGUUCUAAUCCAGUAGUUUAUCAAUUGUCAAUCAUUUGACUAUCCACUACUGCUCACGUGGUCGCGCGAAAAAAAAAACAAAAAUGUAUAGCUGAUACUAGCAACACUCUUGACACGCUAAUGUGCAGAAUUUUAGACAAUUUUAUGCCUGCUACUCUUUCAUUAUUGUCAAUAUAAAUUAAAAUAAAACUGUCAAUUUGAGUAAUAGAGCAAGCAUAGCCAUUCAAUUUUUAUCUAAUCGCGCUAUCGGAAAUAUUCAUACCUAAGACUUGACAAGAAAUUCUUCAUCAAUUUUUUCGCUCGUGUGAAAUAUUUUUCUUUCAAAUAUAUCUCUCAUUAAAACUUUUGUAAUUAUUACACAUAUUUCAAAUCAAUUCAAAAGACGUACAUUUUAUGUCAAGCCUUUCUCACUUUGACAUUGAAUAAUUUUAGCAAAAGCAUAGAUGAUAGUAAAUAACCUUUUGCUUCUCAACUACCAGCUGAAAUAAUAGAAUUGCAAAAAAGAACUCCAAAUAAAUGUAAAAAAUAGAGAUUUUUUUCUUUUUAUUAAAUGAAAAUUGUUCUUUCUAAACCCGAUCAUAUUCUUUCAAUUUUUAAACAGUUAGAUAAUUUCAUUCUAUGCUUAGUGAUCUUAGAUGUAAGUUAUGCGUUCUUUUGUAAUUUGACAACACAACAUAUAUACCCACACAAACAGACUUAUUUAUGUAAGUUUGUCAUUCAUUUAUAAUAAAGUAUAAUGAGGUACAAAUAAAAGUUCAAUAGACAUUUUUGAUUUAGUUGUGUAACGAGAUGAAUACUGAGAUUUGAUUGUAACUUGCGAUUUGAUUUUUUACAUAAAAGAAAUAUAAUGGCACUGUUGAUACGCAUUCUAGUCUAAAAAGAAAGCAAAGUAUUUGAAGGAGACAGAGUUUCAUGGACCAUGGCAAAUUUUUCCAAAUUUCAAACAAUUAAUGAAUGCACAUUGGAUUGGCAUCAUCUUAUUCUUGACUCCGUUCCUUUGAAUACCAAGAGAAAGCAAUAACAACGUAAAGAAAAAUCGUGCAUGCUUUUUGCUGCAAUAUACAUGAUUUAUCAUUUAUGUAUAAGUAUAUAUAUAUAUUUUUUUUUUUACGAACGAUUGCUCAGACAAAGCUGUUUAUUUCGAUUGUUGCUUAUACUCCUUUGUUCAGGAACAAUUUUGUCUGGCGCUUUAUUACAUACUCAAUUCCUUUCUUCCUCUUUCCCAUUCUAACAACUCCCUCGCCUAAUAAAACAUACACACAUAUAUAUGCUAAUAUUGAUAUUGAUAAACAUAUAUAUAAUAAUAAUGAUGAUGAUAAUAAUAAUGAUAAUAAUAAUACACGGACAAUAGAACGUGUACAAGAUGUUUAAAAGAUCAGGCUAAUCUAAGCUUCUGUAUUUCUGUGGUGCCACAGGCGGCUGUAAGGCGGCGGAGAGUGGCGCGCGGCGAGAGAGAGAGCGAGUCGAGAUAAGCAGUACAGUAAGCCGUUGCGGGGUCGAGCAGGCAGGCAGGCAGGCAGGCAGGCAGGCAGUCUAGUUGCGGUGUCUCUCUGGCGUUGCUGACUCUCGUGUAGCAGAGAAAGAUCGAGAGAAAGAGAGAAAGAGACUGACAAAGAGACAGAUGCAGUAGGCAGGCCGCGGGGGUCGCGCGAGAGUUGCGAGAGAGAGAGAGAGAGAAAGAGAGAAAGAGAGCACGCGUCGCACGAGAAAGAGCAAAAAGCAGAAUUUAUAGAGCGAGUAGCAGGGAGAGGGGGGUGAGCCGAUGCUGCUGCCGUUAUGCUGCCGCCUACAUGCUGAUCACACGACGGAUGCAGCUCCGCCGGCGUACUGGCAUGUAUCUAGUGAUAAUAACAGAAAAGCACGCUGGUUUUCGGUCAUCUCUUCUUGGCUCUCUAUACUGAACACAAUUAUUGCAUUUCAAUUUCCCGCCCGUAUGGAGUUGCCGUACCAGCGUGCUUGAAACUUUCAAAUACUCGUGAUUCAUUCACAUUUCGCCUUUUCUUGCUAAAUCUAGCACGUUUUUGAUUCUGUUUUUGUUUAAGCCUCGUGAGAAAAUAUUAUUUUUUUGCCGGGCUUAUGAAAAAAUGAGUGAAUCUUAAAAUGUGCAGCGAGGAACGACGAUAUUCAAACAGAUGCUCAAAUUGAUUUUGUGCUUUCUCACUUUUGAUACUUAUUUUAAUGAUAGUAUUAACUAGUCUUCAGCAUUCAUUUUGAGUGUCUGCCAGUAUCACUGUUUGACUGAUGAACAGAUUACUUUUUAUUCAAUUAACUUGCAAAUUCUCCAUCGUUUCGUCAAACAGUGAAGCAGCAAUUAAAUCUUCCUCAUAAGCAUACACAUACACAUAUCAAUGACCAUUUUUUCAGAUAGUUCUGGUACGUAUUGAAAAUUUCCGCACAUAACAGUCCCACCCGCAGUUCAUUCUUAGUUGUAGUGUGUAUUCUAUGAAGUAUCAAUUUUUGGUCUGAAUAAACAAAGGUUCAUCUGGAGGAAGAAGAGCAGAGUUAUUUUGUCAAGCUUCAACAGUACUUUAUUUUUUUCUUUUAUACAUUUGGUACAAGUUAUCCGAUUCCGAUAAAGUUCGUUCGCGUGUGACAAGCAAAGUCAAUGGACCGAGAGAUACACACGCGCGCGCGCGCGCGCGCACACACACUCGUGCAGUGUCGGGAGCAUGGAUUCUCACUGUAAUCGCUCGCGCGUCAUCGGCUGGCCACUCUCGGCGUGAAAGGGAGAAAGAAAAAAAAGGCAGAAACUUACAAAAUCGCGUCGUCAGCUCCUCGUGGUCGCUCGCGCUCCCAAUGAAAGUGCUAACCGCGCGCAUUUUGCUUACAUUCCCCCCCCCCCUCACGUGUAUAUUACAGCAGCUGUACACGGCUCAAUAAGUAUGUGCGCAUGUGCCGAUGAAGAAAAUGGGAGCAAGAGAAGUGGUUCCGAAAAAGCUCAUCCCUAAAACUACGCUUUCGUUUUCACGUGCACGAGUGAAAGGUGCUUUUACAUAUAUACUGAAGCUAGCUUAUCCUUCUAUUGCCCUGCUCUAUUGCUAAUUUGUCUCCGGUAUCAUACCGGUUCUAUCAAAAUAUGGAAAACAAUAGACGUUGGUAAGAUUGAAAGAUCUAACAAACAGUCAUUCUUGCAGCUUAAUUUAUUGCGUGACUUGAAAGAGCCAAACCAUACGAGUUUAAUCAAUGGCACGAGAAGUAUAUUUUUGCACGCGGCUGCGCGGAAAAUGAAAGUUAACUAAAAUAAAACUAAAGAACGGUCUUUUAUGUAUUUUAUUAUUUUGCUUAUUUGGUGUUUCGGGAUCGAGAGAACGUUUUAUUGAUUGGACACGUUCCGACGAUGCUAGAAUCGCGAGUACUCGCUUAUUUAUCAUAGCUUUUUUCAUUCACUUUAUACAGAGUUCUAUUCUGUUUUUUUUUUCUUUUUGCACUGUCCACUCUGUUUUUUCUUCGAUACGAAGAGUUUAUUGGAAGCAGUUUUCUCGAAUGUAAUUUACAAUGCGCUUCGUGAAACGAUUCGAGCAAUUCUUCGUUUCAAACCCGCCGUCGUCGCAGUAUUGUUAUUGUUUGUACAGUAUAUAUUCUCUUGUAUUGACAUCGCUUCGCUUAACCGUAUACAGGUACUCAAAUUUACACGACCAGAAGCAGUAAGCGUGGAUUUAGAGCUUUGAAACAAGAAAAAAGAUAAGAGAGUAAGAGGCCGCUUUGAUUUUGCCGAGUGUGUAAAUUCAAUAUAAACCCGUGUAUAAAUGGAAUAGAAAUGGAAACGAGUACAAAUGUAGGUAUUUGUGCAAUAUAAAAUUAUAUCUUAAAGAUAUAAAAAUCGAAAAUGUUGAAAACAUCAGCUCAUUUGUAAUUGAUUGUGGUCUUUCAAACUUCUUAUCGACUGAUUGUUGCCUGCGAUCGAGUAACGAGCCGCGCAAACGUAUGUCUCUUUGAGCAAUAGAGCAUGCGAUUGUAAAUGCUGGUCAAAUGCCAAAUCCACGCGUACGUUAUGGUUGUAUAGACUUAACGUUGUCGCGAAUACGCCUCGAACCGUGCCACAAGCGCGAGCGCAUUUGUUUUCUUUUUCUAACAGCCUUCUCUGGAAAAUGUAUUACGACACAACCCGUUUUGUUAAUCUCCCCCUACUUAGUGUAUACAUGCGCGCGUAUUAUUUACAAAGUCAUCGCGGAGAGGGAGAGAAAAAAAGGAGAAGAAAGUAACGAUAUAUCUACGAAGGCGAAACGCAACGCCCUAUCCCUUAUGUCGUAGCAGUCUAAAUCCCGAGGUCGAAUAAAAAGUAGAAACUAUAGUAAAAUUAAAAUGUGCAGUAACGAAUGCAGCCCCGUAAGAAAGUAAAAGUCGCGCGGGCGGUAACUAAGCCACCGAACGGUAUAGGUGAAGAUCCUUCCUAUCUAGACAGUAGAGAAGGAAACGCGAAGACUCGGACCGUCGCGUGCGUCGCGGCUAAGUUGAUUGAAAGAAUUAUAGGUGGCGAGCUGGGCGUAUACCGAAAGGAGCAGCGAUACGCGUGGCGAGAGAGAAAAUUGAUUAGAGAGCGAACGAGCGGACGAGACGUCCUAUCACAUAGAGCCCGAGCACGAGCAGAUGGCCGGCGAAGUAGAUACUCCGGUAGAAGGUCAACGUCUCGUCCAGCUGGAGCAGCUGGAAGGACAGUCCAAGGUAGGACAUGCACGAGAUCCUGGUGAACCACAGCAGGCAGUGCAGCGCCGUUUUCUUCUGCAACAUCGAAAUAAGCAGAUUAAUUGUUACCCGUUUUCGCGCGAUUUUCUGUGUAAUGAAUUCUCUCACUGAUGAAUAAACGACGAAGUUGGUGGAAGAAA